GCGAGGCCACGGCUUAGGGGGUGAGUGUUGGCCAGAAUAAGCCGCGGCGCCAGUGUCGGACACGUUGGGCGCGUGUAUAGGCGCGUGCCGGGUGUGUCAGGCGCGGCGGGACCGCGGUGUAGGCGUGUGUGGUCGGGCUCGUCGGGCGCGACGGAUUCGCGCGGGACGUGCGGGACGCACGGGUGCAGUCGGGCUCGUCGGGCGCGUCGGGUACGUGCGGGACGCACUGGUGCGGUCGGGCUCGUCGGGUACGCCGGGUGCGCGCGGAACGCGCGGGGCGUAGAGGGACGUCAGGCGUGUGUUGCCGGCGGAGGAGGAGCUCGGCGUAUGUCGCCGGAGACGUGAUGGGGCACGAUGGGACCGGCGUCAGUGCGUCAGGUCAGGUCCGUGGCGGUGAGACCGGCGUCGUUGCGCCAGGUCGAGUCCGCGGGUUGGGUCACGGUCGUGGCGACGACGACGACGGGAGCUGCGACAACUCCGGCGAAGGCAAGUCAAGAUUAGAAGGGAAAAUGUUAGUAGUAAUCUUGACAUGCAUAGAUUGUUAGCCGCAUGCAUACAGGAGCGUGGAUCACGGUCAGUUAGCCGGGCCAUAUUCAAUUGGUUGGCUGACUUGAUGUGUUCAGGUUGUUGGCUAGCUUUGUGCAUGAAAUUGUGAGUGGACUCGGUCAUUAGAGGAUAACCACCACGAUGGAGUAGUGGCCGGUGUGUUGGCCGGAUCGUGCGUGCAUGGAUGCAUGCAAGUUAGUUGGAUUAGUAGGAGUUAGCAGCCGAGUGUGGCGGCUGGCCAGUGCGUGUGUGAGUCUUCUGUACUGGUAUUUAAAGUGAUCAGGUGAAUGAGAAAGAGCGGCCGUGUGGGCUGAGAAAACAAUGUAGUGCUUGUGGGUGCCAAGGGAGAGUCUCGGCAAAGCCUGUGUGUUCUUUUUUGGUGUAUAUGCGUGCGUGUGUGUAAAGUUCAUUACCAUGUGUGUGUUUGUGAGAGAAGAGAAGAGAGAAACCUCAGCAGAGUUGUGAGAUCUAACUAGAGGGAGGAAGACGACGCGGCGCCAAAAAUGGUCUCCUCUCCUCCCCAUUCUCCUACUCGCCGGCAUGGUUGGCAUCUCCCAAGCCGGCAACAUCGCCGUCUACUGGGGCCAGAACGGUAACGAGGGCACGCUCGUCGACGCCUGCAACUCCGGCCUCUACGCAUACGUCAUGGUCUCCUUCCUCAGCACCUUCGGCAAUGGCCAGACCCCCGCACUCAACCUCGCCGGACACUGCGAUCCGCUCUCCGGCAACUGCAACGUCUUCAGCUCCGACAUCACGACGUGCCAGUCCAACGGCGUUAAGGUGCUCCUCUCUCUCGGCGGCGGCGCCGGCAGCUACGGCCUCUCCUCCACCGAGGACGCGCAGAGCGUCGCCACCUACCUGUGGGACAACUUCCUCGGCGGCAGCGCGUCGUCCCGCCCGCUCGGCGACGCCGCCCUGGACGGCAUCGACUUCGACAUCGAGACGGGCAACUCGGCGCACUACGACGAGCUGGCCACGUUCCUGUCCCAGUACAGCGCGCAGGGCAGGAAGGUGUACCUGACGGCGGCGCCGCAGUGCCCGUACCCGGACGCGUCACUGGCGCCGGCGCUGCAGACGGGGCUGUUCGACAACGUGUGGGUGCAGUUCUACAACAACCCGCCGUGCCAGUACGCGAGCGGGGACGCGAGCAACCUGCAGAGCGCGUGGAACACGUGGACGAGCAGCGUGAAGGUGUCCGGGGGCUUCUACCUCGGCGUGCCGGCCUCGACGGCCGCGGCCGGGAGCGGGUACGUGCCGCCUGGCGACCUCACGUCGGCGGUGCUCCCCGGCGUGAAGAGCGCCAGCAACUACGGUGGGAUCAUGGUGUGGGACCGCUACAACGACGUGCAGAACAGCUACAGCAGCCAGGUGAAGGAUAGCGUCUGAGUCUUCGCGCGCGCGCGCGGGAAGUGCGAUCAUACCACUACACAAUAAAUCACAUAUAGGAGUAUAUAAUACUUCUACAUAUUACAUGCCCAUGGAGUGGCUAAGUUGAUUUGGGACUGGAUAAUAAGAGCGGGCGAGCUGGGGUCGUAGUAGAAAUGAUAUGGAUGCGGUGUACACUUGCAACACAUGCCCUGAGAUAAAUAAAGUAAUCCCAAAAUCUAAAAA